CUUGCGCGGACCUGACAAAUAACAUAAUAAUUUGUAGUUUCACUUUCCUUCCAUUGCUUGAAAAGUGUGACGGUCUUUGCAAGAUAGCGAGAAACCAACGGUGGAAGCUCUGCAAGAUGGCAGAGCCGGGCAGGACUGUAAGGGUGAGCGGUCUGCCCAUAGACACAGAGGAUAACAGGCUGAAAGACAAGCUAUGUAUCCACUUCCUGAGAUCCAGGAAUGGAGGAGGGGAAAUAGACUCUGUCACCAUUAUCAAGGCAACGCCCGUCUCUGCCCUCAUCACCUUUGAGGACAGUAGAGUGGCACAGCGAGUUAUUCAACAGAGCCGGCACAUUCUGGAAGUGGAUGGGAAGAACUAUAAAGUCACUGUAACUGAGCAUCGGGAAAGCCUGGACCCAGACAAGGUCAUCCUAAAUUUAUCAGCAAUGAUCGACUACAGCCAGCUUCCUGGGGGAGCAAUGGCAUUGACAAGCCUCCAUAAGAGCUACCCUGAUAUUCAGAUAAUCUACGAUGCUACUGAGGAAUUGUAUACAUUGCAUGGCGCUUAUUCCAGAGUCCAGGCAGCCUUGGCACAACUGCUUGACCAUCCUGGAGGCAAACAAUCAGCAGAAAACAAAGACACAAGUCAACCUGCCACCAGUGGGUCCAAGUCUAUUCAGACAGCACCCAAGCCUCAUACUCAGGAGUCAGAAAAUCAGAGCAGGAAACCUAAUAGACAACGAGAACAAAGAGAGAAAGUUCACAUUGGUAGGCCUUCUGAUGAGUAUGAGUCAGGCUCACAUAGAGACCUGACACCUGGUGGUUAUGGCUGGGAUGAUACUGGGCAGACAGAGGGUGCAGCCAUGCAGCUACCUGGGCAUCCUACGGCGUCUGAGGAGGACUUCUUCCUAAUCGUGGAUGCAGACAUGUUCCAGUAUUUGCAGAAACACUGCCAAAAGGAAUACCAGCGUAUCCUAAGUCAGUAUGGUGUUGAUGUGGUGGAUGUGACAAAUCACGGGUUGACUACUCUGUUUCUGCAGGUUGCAACAGAAGUGGGGGAGGAUGGUCAAGAUGAGGAGUGCCUGACUUUGGCCAAAAAGGCAAUAAGUAGGCUUUAUCAAGAGAAUGAAACCAAGAUCCGUCGAGCCCAGCUCCCUAAGAGUAUCGUGUCCCCCAGGGGUGGACUGCAAAGGGCGAUGGAGAACUUAAGUGUCAGAUUUCCCAAGCUUCUUAUGAACGAAGAUGACCAAAAUAUUUACAUUAUCGGGAGCAGUAUCGAUGUGUCUGAGGCCAAACUGUUUCUCCUGGGCCACAAUGAAGGGAGGGGAAAAAAAGAAGAUGUAGCCAGUCUUUUUAGAUUUCCUUCAUAUGAUUCAGGUUCAUCAACUCAUGCUGAUGAGCAGAGAGUCCCCCUCCCCACAUCUUCCCCGGUUGAUUCUGUGGAUAUUAGGAUAGACCAGCCGUUGAGGUCAAAGGAGGAUGAGAGGAGAGCCGAUGGAGCCAGAAGGUAUAAACUAGCAGCUCGGUUUAAGGAUUCUGGGCUGCCUGCAUUAGGCAGUCGGCCAACUGACUUCAGCUUACGAGGGCUUUCAUCUCCCAGUAGACAAACACGCCGUGGGCCAAUGGUAGGGCAUGAUGUACUGUCAGAAACAGCACAGAUUGCUGGUGAAAGAGCCUCCAGAGCAUUAGCCCAAAACACCGGAGGGGACAUCUUGUUUAAGAGUGGAGAUGCCUUGCCUUCAACUGCUUUCAUGCAGAAUAAAACCUCUUUGAACUCACAUUUAACUGACACUCGACCCAAGAGUUUAACAUCCCCUGUUAGCACAACUCAGUCCAGCGUGUCAGGAAGUACUCCACUUCCACCUGCUGGGUCUUCCACGUUGAAGCGAGCCAGUAGUUUCUCUGGAACACCUCAGGAGAAGGCCCAAGUUAUGGGUCAGAAGAGUCAAGACGACUCUGGAAAGUCCACAGUCAGAACCAGGGCCAGGUCCUCUAGCUUCAGUAACCAAACAGGGAGGGACAAGCAGGAAGUCUAUAAUGCAGAGAUUACAGUUUCCUCUGUGGUGUGGAUGCACAUAAAAGAAGCCUACAGCACCCGAGUGGAUGACCUGACUUCUGAUGUCCAGAUGAAAGAGAGACGCUCACAGGGUAGUAGUGAUUUGACCAUCACCUUAAGAGGGGCGAGCUCAUCCAAAGUGAGUUCAUGUCAGCUGGGUUUACAGAAACUGGUUGCUUCGGUUAGUGCAGACUUCGUUGUGCAGGAACUGCGCUUGUCAGAGCUGGGUAUCACUGACAGAGCAGAUGAAAACUUACAGGCCUGUUGUGCUGAGGUGCGUAGCCGGUUCAAGAAAGUUACCAUUCGGUUUUUAGAGAAGAGAUUAUUUGUUCUUGGUCCAGAACAGUUGUGUUCUCAGUUAGCUGCUACAUUGCGGGAGGUAUUUUCUGGAGAUUUAGCCCAAAUACCUGAACAACAGGUCUUCUCUACCUCCAACUGGAAUCCAUCCACACUAUUACAAACGAAUGAGGGUCAAAGUACUAGUCUGCGCAGUAAUACUCAGGUGAUGCUGCAGAGCCAAACAAGCAAAGCUAAUGGGACUGGUAGUAGUCAGGAAAGGAGAACAAACCAUAGGAGUGACUCCCGAGAGACAGAGCAUGUGAAUGGAUCUAUUAGCCAGCCGUUAGUGAGGAAAGAUCCUGUCAUUAAGGAGAAGGUGAGAAUUGUAAGUACAGUGGAGAUGGAUGGACAGAAGAUGUUUGUCAGUCACUCUAAAACCGGAAGUGAUGAAAGUGCAAGACAUGUAAAUGGUGUUGGGUCAACAACAACCCGGACUGAUAAAGACUUGGCCCUUCAUAUGAAAGAGAGAACCACUCAUUCAACCCAAAAGGACACUGCACAGCAAAGACAAACAGAUAUCCAGGACACCCCGGCAGAAUCCAGGUCAAGUCUUGGGGGCCUGGGGUGCAUGUGUGUGUGUGGGGAGAAUAAGAAGUCGACGAUUAGAACUAAAUGUGGGGCUAACUUCUGCUCGGAGUGUCUGGAAACUGUACAUGUCCAAUGCAAGGUUUGCCAUGAGACAGAGCCGACACCACGGGGCAUCCAGGGCAAAAUGAAAUACUCUAAAAUACACAUUAGCGUACCAGGUCAUAAGAAAGACUCGGCUAUCAAGAUCACUUACCUAAUUCCUGAUGGUAUCCAAGAGGAGGGUCACCCUUCUCCAGGAAAACCCUUUAAAGGAGGGAUGUUUGAAGCCUUCCUUCCUGACUGUGAGAAGGCGAGGAAGCUGCUGCCUAGGCUGGAAAAAGCCUUCGAACAGGGACUCACCUUCACAUUGACAAAGAAAGAGACAGGGGCCAGUGUCAUCUGGGACUGCAUCCCACACAAGACUAGCAUACAUGGGGGCAAAUCAGGGAGUGGUUACCCAGAUUCCACUUACUUGACUCGCUUGUCUAAUGUCUUGACUUCCUAUGGGAUUGAGGAGCCACCAGCCGAGUCUUGAGAACAAAAGCAAUCUGAGGAGGAGUUCUUAUGUAGUUUUAUAUUUAAAAAAAUAUUUUAUGUGGUUAGAGCCACUUGCACUAUAUUUGUAUUAUGAUUUGUACCAGGUUAUAUUUUUAUGUUUGAAAAUCACAAUGUCUGAUAAUGUAUAUAGAAACUUUUAUUUUUUUAACAUUCCCUUUUAACUGUGACAAAUGUGACAACCACCAUUGUUUUUAAUUAUUUCCAAUAACAUUCCUGAACAUUUUCUCACAGUUUCAUGCACAAUAUUCUGUUUUGUGUUUAUAGUACUGUAUAAUUACACCUUCUGUACCAUCCUGUACCAUAGUUUUAGGAAUCAUGUGGUUUUGGGAAAAAAGGAGGUUAUUUGUGGAAUAUUGGGGAGUAAAUAAAACAUUUUUUACACUGUCAAAA